GUAAAGAGAUUUGACAUUCCAUUGCGCCAUUAAAGACCAUACCUUUUCUUAGAGAAAACUAUAUUUGAUUACACUGCCUGUUUUGUUUUUCACAAGAACAGGAAGGAGUCAUUGGAUUUCUAGUUGCGCGUUAACUUGAGUUUAUUAUAAUUCAGAGAAACCGAAAGUAGACCUUUCAAACGGAAACCAAUCCUGUGCUGUAAAGUAAAAUACCUUUUGUUUAUCAGAAAGGCGAACAGCAAGACCAGGCAGCAGCAAUAUCCUGAUUUCAAUUUAAAGCAGGAAAGCGAUGUCGCUAAAGAAUAAAACAAACAAGGGAUUCAGAAAACUACCAGAAGUACCAGCACAAACGCAGUCUGAGCCGGAACAAGGUGGUCCUGCAGAUAAGAGCAAAGACAAACAUGAUCAGAAACGUCAAAAACUUGGAAAUCCUGAUAACACACUUGCGAAAGACCUCAAUGAUGGAAGACGCAGACCGCAGAUGUUUGAUGACACAAGCGAUGGCACUCAACCUCGGGAAGCAAGCGGCGGUGUUCAACAGCAGGCCAUGAUGCAAAAGCAGCGCGCAGCUGAAGCGAGCAAACAAAUGUUGUACGGUGUAUACGGAAAUUUCGUUUCAAUACUGGAAGAGUACGAGGCGAGAACGCAAAAGACAAAAGCUGCAAGAUCGAAAAUUGCUUUGCCUGACCAAUCCAAAAAGUCUGUGGAUGACGUACAAAGCAUCGUGAAGACGCAACUGCUGCUCUUUGAAACCCAGCAACGGGCAUGUCCAAAGGAAGUCAGUCAGAGCCUAAACAAAGAACUAAGGCAGAAGACACUUCAUUGGGCUGCCGUCCGGGAGGAGAAACAUAUGAAACAAACUGACACUGACAAAUACAUUUGCCAAUUGUACGAAGUUUUGGUAAAGGGUAAAACAAAGCACGAGAUUUUCGAGAAACCGAGCAAGCCUGUCUCAGCCGCGACAAUCAAGAAAAACGUAAAGCACAUCUUCAAAGGAAAAAAUGACGCCAUGGAGAUUGACCAACAAUUUAAACAAGACGACAAGAAGAAGGCGACAAGCCCUGAAACCCGCCGGUCUGAACUGGACGAUGCCUACGAAAAAGGUGCAAAACGGAUGGCAGUAACCAGACACGACCUUAAAGGGGAUCUUGACGAUGACGUUAAGGAAUUUCUAGCCGAUGGUUUCGAAAAUAAUCGUUAAAAUAGUAUAGCCUUGUUAUUUAAAAGCCUGUAUUAAAAUGUUAAUCACAAGCAAGGUUUUAAUUAUAUUUAUAUGUGUGUGUAUUGAACGAAUGAUGAAUUUUGAAAUAUUUUCACAUGUUUUGCGUGUGCUCAGGCAACAAUAUUGGAAUAUGUUCAUAAUCGCCUAAUGUAAUGAUAUAUUGUGAAAUUCCUUUUUUUUUCGUUUAAUAAUGAAGACAAUUGCUUUUUGUGUUUUUACUAAUGCUAAAAUUGACGUUUGCCUUAUAUUUAAACUAAGGCUAUGUUGUAAGUCACAUUUUAUUAUUACAUACGUUUUUAUGACAUUAAUCACCUAUUGUAAUUUUUAUUUGAUUAUCGAAGUCUAUGUUUAUAAUAUUUUAUGUGCAUUAAAAUAUGGUCGUGUA